AGACCUGCGGGGAUGAUGCGUGGUGCCUCCGUACGGCUGCAGGUCCGAGAUCAUUUGUUUCGUUUCGAGUGUUCGGUUCGCUCGCGUCCGGAGCUACUGUUUCUCGUGCUUCAUACGGUGCUGAAAAGGUGUUGUGAUUGUCAUUGUUCCAAAAUAUGUGUUCGAUGUGUGAUCGUGGUGCCUUGAAAAAGCACAGCACGUAAGUGCAUAUCCGGUGACGAUACUGUGAAAAUCUGACUUCACGCGUGUAUAAGUGAUUUUGUGAGCAGAAAGAGGAUGCAACGGUGCUCAAAGUAAGCAACGAUCACGCGCGCCAGAUCGCACUGUGUGAGUGUGUGUGAGUGUGUGUUUUAUUUGCAAAGCAAAUUUGAACAUGAAAAUAGUGCGUGGUGAGGAUUUUUAAUGUAUGCUAGCAUUUUUCCAUUCCUCCACCUAAACAAAACGCAACCCUCAAUCCCUUCAGCAGAGUUUUUUUUUGUGCGGAAACGUCAACCUUUUGUCGCAGAAACCCACCCAGACCGUACGUGUGGGUGAGAGACAGAGCGAAGGUGUGCGCUUCUGCUCAGCCUAAGAUGGUGCUAACUCGCUUCAUGCCGUAAACAAACACGGACAAAAAGCUUGACACGAUAACCAAGACUGCCACUCCGUCCACUCCGGCUGGGUCUAGCGCCAAUAGCAUGCCAACAGCAUGCCAGCAUAAUCAAUAGGCAAAACCACAAUUACACUACAAAAAACCAUCACCGAAACAGCGCUCACCGUGUGCUAACAAAUCGUACACAGCCGUACACCGUACACUCAGCAAUAAAGAGAGUUUGUUGUUCAAUCAUCUCGCCUGCUCGCUCCCUAGCCGCACCACUUUAUUCCCGCAAGUACUAAGUGCAGUCGGGAGAAAUUUUCCCAAACCCCACACGAAGCGCGCGCCAGGGCAGGAGGAGGAGAAAAAUAUUACGCACCCGUCCCUACCCCUAAAGUGAAAGAAGAGCGCAGGGGAGGACGGAGGUAGGGAAACAUGACAGUAGUGUAAGACGAGGGAAAACCCCCCUUCGCAAGUACAUGCUGCCACAAAAUCAUCCGACAAAACAGCCAGCGAAAGCCGAUCGAGCGUUGGAGAUUUUCGAUCCUCACGACGGUUCCGUUCCACUGGUGACGACGCUCGCUGCAAACUAUUCACUUGUGCGUGUGUGUGUGUGUGUCUGUGUGUGUGGCUUUUCGGAGUGUGUGCCGGUGAAAAGUGAAAAUUUCGAUAUCGAAUCUGUCUCGCCCGGUGUACAACUGCGUGCUACAAGAUCGUGUUCCGCCCGGCGCAGGUAGCCCGUGCAGUCUCGGAUGCAAGUGGUUGGCCUGCCUGCAAAUGGUUGUUACCAGUUUUUGCUGCUCUUGUGUGUACUGGCAAGCUUAGUUUCGGUGCUCAUAAGCGAAUUGUGGUGGUCUCUGAGUGCGCGCGUGUGUGUGUGUGUAACAGGGUGUGCCGUGCAAAAGGAAAAUUAGUUAAUGCACACAGGCUCCACGGUAUGAGCCGUACGAAUCUCAUUGUGAAGGAAAUGUGAAAGUGCAGCCGCCCCCCUGUCUAUGGUGCUGGAUUUAUUACGAAUCACUUUAAAGUCUUCAAGUACGAGUGCUCUUGUUUGUGUGUGUGUGUGUGUUGGUGAAAAAAGAAGAAAAACAACCUUACGGUGAAGGUCUUGGGUGCAAAAUUUAGAGCCUCACGGUGCACAUCCUUCGGCGUUUGGUCGUGCGUGGUGAAGAACGGUCUCGAGCAUAGCAGCACACCCAGUCACACCGGUUGCGCGUGCAUUCUGCUGGGCUGUAGUAUGGAUUGCCGUUCCGGCGUACCGUGCCGUCGACCCGAUCGGAUACAAUGAGCAACGGCACGGCGGCGAGCGGCACUGGCGGCGAUGCGGACAGUUUGCCCACCUGGCGGUUGUGGGGCGAAGAACGCGAGGAGAACGCCAUCUACACGGUUUACCUUAAGAAGGUCCGGUACCAUCGGCCAACACCCAGUGCCAGCAGCCAAGACUCGGAUGACGAAAUAUCGCACCUGGAAUGGGAGACGGUGCGCGUGCGGUUCGUCAAGGCGGCUACCCUGUCCCGGCUGGUCGAUGCCCUCGCGACCGACGACGGCGAGCUCGAGAGCACGUUCGUGAACGUGUUCCUGAACACCUUCCGCACCUUCGCGCAGCCGGAGAAGGUGCUCGAGCUGCUGCUCGACCGGUACGAGAAGCUGCACGCCGAGCCGGCCCUCCUGCAGCCCGAAUCGCUGUCGGACCAGCACAAGAAAACUCUAGUCUCUGUUCUUCACGUGUGGCUCGAUGGGUUCCCCGAGGAUUGGGACACAGAUAAUCUGCAACGAUUGCUAGCAUUCACCUCAAAGCGUUUGCCAAAAUCGGAAAUACAUAUGAAAGCUUUAAAUAGGUUUACGCAUAGGUUAGAUAAGUACAGUAGAAUACCACCACCGCUGCCAUGGUCCAACGAUUAUCACGAUUUCGCCGACCAGUUCGGUGGCCUCUGCCUGACGCCUGCAUUCCGCGGUCCACCGUCCCACCUGCUCAACUCGUACCGCUUUCCCAACAUUCCGGUGAAGCACUUUGCCGAGCAGCUGACCCGCAUGGACAUGGAGCUGUUCAAGCGGCUCAUCCCGCACCAGUGUCUCGGCGCGAUCUGGUCGAACCGGGACAAGCACGAGUGCAGCUCGGUGCUGGCCACGGUGACGCAGUUCAAUGCCGUCUCGUUUCGCGUCAUCUCGAGCAUACUGAUCGAGCCGCGACUAAAGCCCCAGGAGCGGGCCCUGCUCAUCUCGACCUGGAUUGACAUUGCGCAGGAGCUGCGACUGUUGAAGAACUUUUCCUCGCUCAAAGCGAUCAUUUCGGGGCUGCAGUCAAACGCGGUGUACCGAUUGUCGAAGACGUGGGCCGUGCUGCCGAGGGAUAAGUUGGAGCUGUACAACGAGCUGGCACGAAUAUUCUCCGAAGACAACAAUGCGUGGGCCCAGCGAGAGGUGUUGAUGCGCGAAGGCACGGCCAAGUUCGCGGACACCGUCGGCGAGAACGAUCGGCAUCUGCAGAAGGUGUUCCAGAAGCAGAACACACUCAUCAGCCAUGGCACGAUACCGUACCUCGGCACGUUCCUGACCGAUCUGACCAUGAUCCAUGCGGCCAUUCCGGACACGCUGCAGGACGGGCUGAUAAACUUCGACAAGCGGCGCAAGGAGUUUGAGGUGCUGGCCCAGAUCAAGCUGCUGCAGGGUGCGGCAAACACGUACCAUCUUCCUGAUGAUCCUCUGUUCGACCGAUGGUUUGCGUCGUUGCUUGUGCUGGACGAGCGGGAGGCACAUACACUCAGCUGCUCGCUGGAGCCGGCGCCAGAGAUGACGAAGCGACCGCCAGCACCUCCAGCCCAGCAUCCGGGCGGUGGUAUCGGCGGAGGGGGAGGCGGUACGCCAGGGCACAAGAAGAGUGACUCAAUCGCGUCGAACUCGAGCAGCGGGGCAGGCUCUCAGUUUUACUGUGAUAUUAACAGCACAUCUAAUGCGAGCUACAGUUCACGCAACAACUCCCUGGAUCGGGACGCUACGCCACCGAACGCGUCGAUCUUGUCUGCGGCCAGCAGUGUGUCUUCCCUGUCGAUGGACUCCACCACCUCGGGCAGCCAACGGUCGAACCAUAAUGGUGUCGGCAGUGUGCGAACACCCCAGUCGAACCGAUCCCAAGGCAACGGGACUGUGGCGAGCCGUGGUGCCAACGGCGGUCGCGAUCUAAGCGAGGCACCCAUCAUCAAUGGGCAGCUGGUGCAGAACUCACCGCUCAAGAGCAGCUCGCCCGAUUUCUACAUCAUCAAGGUGACGUACGAGACGGAGCAGGUCGAGCUGGAUGGGAUUGUGCUGUACAAGAGCAUCAUGCUGGCGAACAACGAGCGAACGCCACAAGUCAUCCGAAACGCAAUGCUCAAGCUCGGCCUGGAGGGUGAUCCGGAUCGGUACACGCUGGCGCAGGUACUGCCCGACAAGGAGCUACUGCUGCCGAACAAUGCCAACGUGUACUACGCGGUCAACACGGCGUACAAUCUUAACUUUAUCCUGCGACCGAAGAAGGACACGACGGGCAGUGGCUCCUCGGUGCCGAGCUCUACCGGGCGUCCGUAGGGGAUGGGAAUCUCAUGUGUUAUCGUCGGCGCGGUGGUAGGCAGCUUUUGUACAUUUAUCUUACGCCUAGUGAAUAUUGAAUUGACAUAUGUUUUGUUGCUUGUUUUUAACCCAACGAUACCAUAUCUCUAUAUCGCGUACCGUACCGUAAUCCAGUUAGAGUAUUCCUUCAAACCACAACACACACACAUAUACGGAGAGACAUACAGCGUGUGCAUUGUGUGUUUGUGGCUAUUUUAUCUUAGGUUCUGUAAGACGCGCUAGAAUGUCGAACGCUUAGAACAGUAAGCUAUACGGAAUUGACCCAAAGGGAUGAUAAACACAGGUGGGAAAGGGGCGCUACAGCAACACUAAAAGGUAUUAAAAGAAGCUCAGAUGUAGAAACCGUUUCAAACCACAUAUAACUACCUAACAGGUUAGGAGACCGUGGAACGAACUCCUCCCUUCUAUCAGGUGCCGUUUUGAGAGUGGGACUUUUUGGAAGUGUUUAUUAGCUUAGGUUUGCAUUUUGCAAAACUGGUCUUAAAAGUCUGGAGACUAUUUCAUUCUCACCAGGGAGGGUAAUUUAGGGACGAAAAGGGUAUAACAAAAGUAAUGGGUAGUUGCUACGUGAGCUAAACUUCUGGAUCUAUACAACAGAAAGCGGAAAGCGUGUGCGUAGUUUGACUCCCGUUGGCACGCAACUAAGUAUUUUAUUAGGAUAUU